AUGAAUCUAUAUUGUGCCGUGGGUAGCUGUAUGGAGGGUUACCGUGCUCAGAUCUUUGUCGUGAUAUCGGAUCUCCCACACCCAUCUCUUCUAUCAGUUCCACUCACCCAAGAUUCAACAUCAAGGCCAAGAAGUAUUAGGAAACUAUCGGCUCAUGAGACAUGGUCACAUACUCGUACGCCGCGAGAGGGAGAACCAGAGCGUCAAGGAAAGAACCGUCUUUUCUACUGCAAGUACUGCGAAUCCUACAGUGCUCAAGCAAGUAACAAUUUUCGUGAUCAUCUUAAGAAAAAACAUGGGAUUGAUAUUCAGCCUACACCCGAAGUUCAAUCUGCAACACUGGAUCAGUUGCAACAGUUGUACCUCCGAGCAAUAUCAUCAGGCCAAACACAAGAGAUCGAUACUCAAGUUCUUCAGAAAGUCCUAGAUAAGGACAUGAUUAAUGAGGCACUUGUUUCAUUAAUUGUUGCGCGAAAUCUCCCAUUUAAUGUUGUUGAAUGGCCUGAAUUUCAUGUUUUUUGUCGACUACUAAAUCCAGAGGCCGACAACUUCAUUACAACGGCACACUCCGAAAUCGCAAAGAAGAUUGAACAAUCAUAUGAAAGUCAAAAGGAUACUAUACGGAAAAUCCUUCAGUCAGCAGAGUCAAGUAUCCAUCUUUCACUUGAUAUUUGGACAUCACCAAACAAGCUUCUUUUCCUUGGAAUUUGUGCCCAUUUUGUUGGACGAGAUCAAGGAAAAUUAUCAAAAGCUCUAAUUGGGCUUCGUACAGUUGCAAAUCAUUCUGGAGUAGAGCAAUUUGCUACUCUUCUUCUUCUUCAAGACUACGGUAUCGUACAAAAUAUCGGAUCUAUUAUUGCCGAUAAUGCAAGUUCAAAUGAUACCCUUUGCCGUGCAAUAGGUGAAUACCUUAAUAAGGAAGAAGGGCUCCAGUGGAAUGCUUUAUUCAAACGUAUCCGCUGUAUUGGCCAUGUGAUUAACUUAGCUGUACAAGCUUUUCUAUUUCAUAACUACAUUGAAAUAGAUCAACUUGGAUUAUACGAGAUCCAAGAAGAAGCAGGAGAGCUUGCAAGUGAUAUCUCUAUCCAGCAGAUAUUUCGUGUCAUGGGACUAUUAGGAAAAUGUCAUAACAUAGUUAUACAUAUCCGUGGCUCAGCUGCUCGUACAGCAUAUUUUAAGACUCUUGCAGGUAGAAUGAUUCCUCUGGACAACCGAACAAGAUGGAAUAGCUGGUCUUAUAUGUGUGAGGUGGCACUGGAUUACUCAAGUGCAAUUGAUACUUAUACAAAGGAGUAUCUUGAUGAUCUUCAGGAUGAUUAUCUAACCCUGAGUGACUGGUCAAGGCUUCGUACAAUUAAUCAAUUCCUUAAACCAUUCCGUCAAGCAACUCUAGUUACUCAAGGACAUCAAGCAACGAUCGAUCGUUACACAUUAUAUGUGAUGGACGCUCAAGGCCCAGAAACAACUUCAUUUCUAAGCGUAGCAGUAUCGACGAAGAAAACUAAGUGUGAAGAAGAAGAAGAAAGGGGAAAACUGGCGCUGAGCCUUGAGGCUCUCCAAAUACACUCUGUCAUGGGAUGGAGGCCUUAUGGGGAAAGCGGUCUAAAAAGGCAGAAUUGUAAGAUCCUAUCAACCAACUUGUUUGUUCAAUAUCGUGAAGAUAAAGAGAUAUGCUCUCGGGUUCAGAAAUGCUGGGAUACUUUUGAUAUAUAUUACAGCAAGACUGAUGACUCACCUCUUUAUGCUGCUGCGCUUAUACUUCAUCCAAACCGUCGUACAAGAUAUAUCCACGCGAAUUGGAGAACGACCUGGCAAAAGCCUGCGAUAAACAAAGUUAAGAAGCUUUGGCGCACCUACCGAGAGAGGGCUCCUCCUCUGGCAAUACUAGGGCCAUAUAGCAAAGCUUCAGAGGACCCCGACAAAGAACUUUCAGAGUUUAAUCAGAUUCAAGUCAGGAUGAGUUUGAUGAUUAUUGCAGUGGAGAGCCAUAUGAUCCUGGAGAUGAAUCUGCUCUUUGGUGGUGGUCUCAAGAGAAACAAAGAAAGCGUUGGCCAAGGCUCUCACUCAUAG